AUGCUCUUCGAUCUCGCUGGUCACAAACUCCACGAUCAACGGCAGCGAUCUAGGCAUCAACCUCGAGGACUUAGACCUCUUCGAAAAGGAACUCGCGGCGAACGCAGAGCCCUCCCCACCAGUCUGCUCGAUCUGCAGAGAUGCAUCACAGGACGAAAACAACCCGCUUCUCUGCUGCCAGUCCUGCAAAGUCCUCGUUCACGCCAGCUGCUACGGUCUCUCGGUUCCUCCUUCGUCUGCCUGGAAAACUGCGCUGCCGGACUUCCUUCUGUGGUUUGUGGCUUGUGCGGGCGAGAAGGAGGCGGAAUGAAGCUGAGCGUGGACGGAAUCUGGGUGCACAUCGCCUGUGUGACGUGGAAUCCGAGCCUCCUCUUUCAGAACAUCGACACCAUGCAGCCCUGCGAGAUUCGUCCCGUUCUGAACGCGAAGGGGAAGCAGAGCUGUGCGGUGUGCGGGAAGACGGUCGGCGUUCCGGUGAAGUGCUGCGAGCCUGCGUGCUCGAAGUAUUAUCACAUAACGUGCGCGCAGGACGCCGGGUGUCUGCUGGACGCGAUGGCGACGAACGAAGGCGUGGUUUUCACGCUUUCCUGCAAGACGCAUGCGAGCGAAAAGGCGGAGGAAGGGACGGGGAAGGAAGCGAUCGCGGAGCGAGAAAUGGAGGAGCUGGAGGAAGAACUGAAGGAUAUUGAUUGGGACGAAGUGCAGGCGUUCGGGGAGGAGUUUGACGCGAGUGCAACGAAGCGGAAUGGGGAGAGGAACGAAAGUCCAGCGAAGCGAGUGAAUCAAAUGGGGAAUCCACACUCCCGUGUUUGUUUGAAUCCCUCGAUGGCGCUUUGUCCGAUUCACGAUGCGUGUUUCUGA